UCCUUCGCUUCUUUACUGUGAAAUCUACUUUCGGUUUGUGUUCGUUUAUUUACAAAUGGCGUCGGUCGUGGUCUAUUCUCGUCAAAGAUAGCGGAAAGAUGGCAAAGAAAGCAGGCAAACAAACGAUAACAUCUAUCUUUAAUGAAGCAAAGAGGCUUCAUAAUAAGAAAGGUGUCGAUGAACAUCUGAUAAGAAAUGCUGAAGCAGAAUUUGAAGAACUUACUAAGUAUGCUAGAGACAUAGAGAAAAACAAUCCAUCAAGACAUAAACAGAUCAAGGAUGACGUGGAGAUGAUGGAAGCUCGAAAGAUUCGUUCAAUGCCGUCAAUCAAUGGAGGUGGAAAUCUCCACAAGUUCUUGGAUUCUCAAGCAUCAUUGGAUAGUGGCGUUUGGAAAAAUUUUUUUUUUUUAAUAGAAUGUCGAAAAUAUGUUAAUGAACACUCAGUUAAAAAUGGAAGCAAAUCUGGUGGGAACCCGAGAAAGCAAAGCAACCCUUCGAAUCACACGGGAAAGUAUUCACCAACAACUGUCAAACAACAUCAAAGGGUGACCAGUUUUCCAUCUCAAAAUCAGAGAAGCACUCCUACAAAUUCCUAUCCAAAGCACACUGUGACGUACAACACUGUGGUAACUGGAAAGUAUUCACCAACAACUUUCAAACAACCACAUCUAAGGGUGACCAGUUUUCCAUCUCAAAAUCAGAAACCAAGCCAAAGCCCAGAAAAUGUUUUACAUAAAGGAACAAGGCAUCAAAUCAGUGAACAAGAAAUUGUUAAUGGGGAGACAAGUCCACGCCAGCCAAAGAUUGACGUUGAUCAUGCUAAAGUAAUCAAAGAAAAUUCAUUACUCAAGACAACUAUCUGUGAACAAAAGCAGCAAAUUGAAGAUCUAACUACGAGGUUGAGCAAAUAUGCUAGUCAUCAACUCACGAAGGGGAACCCAAAUAUAGCAGAUCUUAGUGAUAAGAAUAGACCAACAAAAAUUGGAGAAAAGUUUUCCAUGUUGUAUGAUGACCAAUGGUCAGAUGCCUUUGAAGCAUUGAAGGCAUCAGGAAAGAAAGAAGAAGUUGUUGUCAAAGACCUGGCAGUGUUGGUCAAGGAAUGUUACAGUUUUUGCGAGGAGGCCAAAGUUAAAAUGGCAUAUGAGUUACAGAGGACUGUUGAGGAUCCAUUUCAUUUGUCCAUGUCUUCAGAAGGGCAGAAAGAUAUCCCAUUAAAGGGUUGGGAUAACAUUUUCCGUGAUAUUCUGAAAGCGCAUGGUGAACAGUCUGUGAAAUCACUGCAACUGGCUUUUAGGCGACAAAAAGAAAGACACACUCUUGAUAAAAGAAUUGUGGAAUAUAUGGAUAGUCUAGUAGAACUUACGUGGUAUAUGGUCAUACAGGACCCUCCAAUGAGCCUGCAGUUCAUCAAUAAUGGGGAGAAAAUGGAUGAAAAGGUCUUCAAACCAUACAGCAGGACGGGCAACAUUGCACUGGUUUGUGUGUGGCCUGCUUUAACCCUCCACAGUGGUGGACCAAUUGUGUCGAAAGGGUUUGCCCUUCCUCAGUGAACGUGAUUCCAGUAUUCUUUUGAUGAACCAAUGCAUGUGAAUGUCAUUAAGGAUAAAGCUUUACAUCUACAGUGUAUACAAGUUCAAUGAUUCUAGAUUUGGUUGUGAGGUUAUUUAUAGGAUAUGAGACUUAUUAGUGCACGCUUUUUGGCAUUAGAAUUAGUUGAAAUGUCAUCUAGUGGUUCAUUGGUCGUAGACUUCAGAAUACAUUACCUGUUACUUUGAAAUACUGCAGACUCUGGAGUAAUGUAAUCUCUUUUUACAAAUUUACAUAUUUUUUCCGUCCAUGUAUUGAAUUAUUUCCUAAUGAUGGGUAACAAUGUGUUCGUUUUAUUUAAAUGAAAGCAAAUAUAUAUAUGACUAAGAUAUUUCAUUAAUUAUCAUAAAUUGCCUUUACUGUUUUGAUACUUGUUUUGGUAUCUAAACGUUUUAUUUACACGCCUGUCUGUUUUGUUGACUGUGAAUAGUUGUAAACACGUGUUAGGGAAUGUCUCAACAUGAUAAGUUAUCAGCAUUAUUUUUCGUUAUCAAAUGAUGGGGAAAAGAUUUAUUGUAGUGUCAGAUGGUAGCUAGAAUGUUUCACAAUAUAUAUGCACUACAAUGACCGACAACACGAACCAUGUUGUGGAUCCGACACUUUUAGGUAUCGGGUGUUGUUGGAACUUAGUGCUUAUGUAUGUGUGUGUGUAUAUAUAUAUAUAUUCCAAAUAGAAAGAGUUGAUAUCACACAGUCAAAAUAUACAGAAAAUAUAUUUAAAUCACUAUCGCUUUCUGGAUUUUAACAUCCAUCCUCAGGUGAAUACAAAUAUUGAAUACAAAGUUGUUUAUCUUAGAGACGUAUAUUGUGACGUCAUGUAUAUAUAUAUAUACAUAUGUAUAUAUAUAUUACAGCGAUCAUACCAUGUUUGAUAAGCGUUUGUAUUAAUAGAUCCUCUUUUAAUGCAUUGUUUUCUUCUUUAUUUGGAAGAGAAUUUAAUGUUGAUGUAACUAAAAUUUAUUUCUAUUUGUACAUAUAACAGUAUAUAUGUAUGACAUAUUGAUUCGUGCAUAAUUGAUAUUGUAAUGAAUAAAAUAUACAUAUGUAAUUAUUAAUAGAAAAUUUAGUCUAUAAAAUAUGGUGUGUUCAGAUGUGCCUAAUUUAAUAAAUAAUCAAUAAAUGCAUUCUACCAAAAUAAAAUUAUACAGUGAUA